GAAAGGACAAGGAGGGGUAAGGACAUCAGAGACAGUACCAAAAGUGAGUGAAGAAGUCUAUUCACACAGAGAAACAAAAAGAGAAAAUAAAAAAAGAAGGAUGGAAUACAAAGCAGGGUGGAACCCAGAUGUGACUUCGACUUCGACGCCUCCGUCUGCGCCUCCGCGUUGCCCGGACGGGGACGGGUACCUCACAGGCCCACCUCCACCUUACCAGGACUGGCAUGGGCAUCCGUCAGCGCCGCCUCAGUACGGUGGUGCAGGGCUCCAGCAGCCCUGUGUUGGAGUGUACCCUCCUCCAGGAGGCAUGCCUUCUCCCUGGGUACAUAACUCCAGUGGGGCUGCGUCUCCGGUCCCCCCUGAUAAAUUCAGUCCUCUCCACGGACAGCAGCCCACCGUUGCGUACCAGCAGCAGGUGUAUACAACCCAGGCACCACUGGAGGUCCCCCUGCCCGACUACUUGGCUUAUUCCAUCCUCACCACGAUCUGCUGCUUCCUGCCUCUCGGUGUGGCUGCCCUGAUGUAUUCAUUUUUUGUAAGUAUGAGCUUCUUGGAGCAGGUCCUGCUGCUUAUUCGCUUUACGAAUCCUGAUUGGUGGAAACUCCAACAUCUCAUUUAUCCGGUCGCCCAAUCUGAAAAGCUGUGUCUUCUGACGCUCCUUGUCUUCAUAUGA